CCCUAAGCAGUUUAUUGACCAUCAGAGUAAGAUGUGAAGCUAAACAGCCGGAGUAGUGGAGAGGCAGCAACAGUGCACAUGAGCUCCACUGAACAGCAGCAGCGGUAGCGGCAGUGGCAGCAGGGCUAUCUCUCUCCCUCACACACACAUGCGCACACACACAUGCACUCGCAUACCCCCGUAGUGAAAGCGCACACCGCCACCAGUCCAGGCUUUCAUUGUGGCAGAGCUCCAUCCUCCCAUAGACACAAAGCCCUGUGCCUACUGGGAUCCAGGGGCUGGGUCUGGAACACAAAGAACAGAGAGAGGAGUGAGACUUCAGUUGCCUUUUCAUCUGCAGAGGAAGAGGGAGUUGGUAGAUGCUCUAUAGAUAGGGAGGUAGCGUGAGAGAGAGAAGGGGAACGAAGCGAUUUGCAGUCAGGCUCAGCUGCUGAUGCUACAAGCUGGAGGCUCACUGACUGCUAUAGGAAGCUGGAGUAGCAACAUUACAGUACAGCACACACACACACUCUCCGGACGGACAGACUGCGGAACCAGAGACGCACAGACACACACACGCCGAGCGAGGAACAGGCUUGCGAAUGUGGAUGGACCACCGGUCAAGUUCCAGUCCUGGAGCUUAAUUACCAGGACACAGGGCUGAGAGAAGGCUGCACCCCAGGAUUGAUCCUGCAGGCGUAUCACGGUGUCUGGUGCACUGAUCCAGCCGCAGUGGUGCGGAGGUAGAGCGGGGGCAUGGUGGCCGGUCCAGGCCUGGGGUGGCCUGGCCUGCUCCUGCUGCUGAUGACUACUGUGGCCUCCACUCAGAGCCAAGGCUGUCCCCAGCGCUGUGAGUGCAAGGCCAAGCUCAAGUCUGUGGCCUGCCAAGGCAAGCGCCUGUCUGCCCUCCCCGAUGGCAUCUCCUCGGACACACGCCUGCUGGACAUGAGUGGGAACAUGCUUCGCUGGGUGGAGCAUGGUGACCUCCUCUCCUACCCUCGGCUGGAGGAGCUAGACCUUAGUGAGAACAUCAUCAGUGUCCUGGAGCCCAACGCCUUCUCCAGCUUGCAGAACCUGAGGGUGCUGUCGCUGAAGGGGAACCAGCUCAAACUUAUCCCCAUGGGCGCCUUCUCACACCUCACCAACCUCACCACACUAGACCUGAGUGGGAACAAGAUCGUCAUCCUGUUGGACUUCACCUUCCAGGACCUGAAGAGCCUGAGGAACCUGGAGGUUGGCGACAACGACCUGGUCUACAUCUCCAACAAGGCAUUCCUGGGCCUGGUGGGGCUGAGGGAGCUCACCAUUGAGAGGUGUAACCUGACCUCCAUCUCCAGCCAGUCUCUCUCCUACCUCCGCGGCCUGGUCACUCUGCACCUGCGCUACCUCAGCAUCUCCUCCCUGGAGGACCAGAACUUCCGUAAGCUGGGUGGGCUGCGGGGUCUAGAGAUCGACCACUGGCCCUUCCUGGAACACAUCUCCCCCCACAGCCUCCAGGGCCUCAACCUGUCUUGGCUGUCCAUCACCAACACCAACAUCACCUCCGUGCCCACAGCCGCCCUGCGCAGCCUGGCCCACCUCACCAGCCUCAAUCUCUCCUACAAUCCCAUCUCAGUUCUGGAGUCCUGGGCCCUUAGGGACCUGGUCCGGCUGAAGGAGCUGCACCUGGUCAACACCAACCUGAUGACGGUGCAGCCGUACGCCCUUGGCGGCCUUCGGCAGAUCCGCCUGCUCAACCUGUCCACUAAUGCCCUGGUAACCCUGGAGGAGGGCGCCUUCCAGUCUGUCAACACCCUGGAGACGUUGCGUGUAGAUGGGAACCCUCUAUCCUGUGACUGCCGCCUGCUUUGGAUCCUCCAGCGCAGGAAGACCCUCAACUUUGAAGGGAAGUCUCCAGUGUGUGCGGGCCCCAUGGAGGUGCAGGGCAGGGCCCUCAGCGCCUUCUCAGACUCUGCCCUCUUCGACCACUUUACCUGCCAGAAGCCCAAGAUACGCAACAGGAAGCUGCAGCCGGUGACUGCCAGGGAGGGCCAGGUAGUGUCCUUUUUGUGCCGGGCAGAGGGAGAGCCCACACCUAUAAUCUUCUGGGUAUCUCCCCAGCGCCGUCGGAUCACUACCAAGAGCACUGGACGUGUCAUCGUCCUACCCGAUGGAACACUGGAGAUCCGCUACGCCCAGGUGACCGACAGCGGCACCUACAUCUGCAUCGCCAGCAAUGCCGGGGGUAACGCCACCUACUUUGCCACGCUGACCGUGAGCGCGCUGCCUCUGGACGCGGCGCUCAUGGCCAACCGCACAUACUACACAGGUGACCUCAACGAGACCAAUCUGAACGACACCAAGGUCUUCCUCAAGUUCACCUUGGACCUCAAGACAAUCCUGAUAUCCACAGCCAUGGGGUGUUGCUUGUUCCUUGGGGUGGUGGUCUUCUGUUUCCUGAUGCUGUUCGCAUGGAGCCGGGGCCGGGGGCAGCACAAGAAUAACUUCUCAGUAGAGUACUCCUUCAGAAAGGUGGAUGGCCCUGCUGCCAGUGGUGGACAGGGAGGGGCCCGCAAGUUCAACAUGAAGAUGAUUUGAGUCAGAAAACGGGCUGCUCUGUUUACUGGUAGACUUAAACGGGGACAGAAUAACUUUUGACUUUUUGAUACUGAUCCCUGUCAGUUCAGAAAUCAACUCACUAGGUUAAUCCAAGACAGAUUACUAAAACUUUGUUUUGUAUCUGUAAAUGGCUGUAUCAACAACAAAAAAGUAAAUUGAUUUGGUACAGACAGGUUUUUCUCAAUUGCUAUUUGUAUAUUGGUCUAUCUUGUGCAGUAGAGUCUGGAUGAUAGUUAAAGAUGUCCCAAAAUCCUAGUGAUACGACCCCUGCACAGCUCCACCUGUCUCUCUGCAGUGCACCCUCCCUCCUCACUCAUGAAUACAUAAUCACAGGGUGCUCGCUGAAUGCCAAUACUCAUUUAAAACAGAUCAUAUUAUUUGUAUGAUUUUCCCAUAGGAGAACUUGUAAUUUAUAUAAUUUGAAUCUAUUCUCCCACUAUAGAUGAUUUGAGAUCCAGCUACCACAAUACCACACAGGUAGAGGUCUUGCAUACAGUAGAUAGCUGACAUUGACACUCAACAGUAGUCUAUACUCUAUACUACACUGCCCAGCUAUAACCAUUGGCACCAUACAGAAUGACUUCUAAUGCAAACUACAUUACAGGAGACUUCCAACCUCAUCUGUCAUUCAAAAGCAUGAAAUGCUGCUACACAUUUGACUACUUUCAUUUUUUUUAUGGAUUUGUUAUGUAAAGUACCAUGAAUGAUGAAGCGAAGAAUAUAGAAACCUGGUGUACAGGUAAGUGAUGACGCACAAAACCAUACACAAUUUCCUAUGGGAUCAGAUAUCAGAUAACAUCUGAAAAGGUGUACUAAAUGUUUUGUAUAUACAGUAUGGUUGUUGUUGUUGGGUGUACAAAUUUGUUGUCACAUUUUAUGAAUAACUUGCUAUAUAAUCUUUGUUAAUUCGUCAUUGUCUGAUGCUUCAUCCAAAGUAAAGUGUUCAUACUGUAUAGACUGAUA